AUAUAAUUUGAGCUUUUAGUUUAGAGAUUUAGAGAAGUUGUAAUUUAGACGCUAGUUUGACGCUGAUGAAGAUAAAGAUAAAGACCAGUCGCCGUUUCUCUCUCUGACGUUCUCCUGCCGCCGCUAAAGUAAAGAUUCAGAAGCAAGGUCAUAAGUUAAAGCCCUGAAUUUUAUUGGUAUUUGUUAAAGUAGUAAGAACUCACGCAAUUUCAUGUUAUACUUAACACUGUCGUUCAACCUCAAGUAUAACAGUAGACAUGCUUGGUCCUUAUAACACAGCAUCACUAAAGUUAACGACAAUACGAACCGGCAGAAAAGGUUUGGUAAUAGGAUAUGUUAUAACUGCAAUAUAUGUUAUAACCUUGUUGUCACUACAGUUAUUGGGGGCAAUUUUUGUUUUUUAGGAAAACAGUGAAUUAAAGCAUUUUUUAAAAACGGGAUUCUUUUCCGGAAAAAGGCACUAAUAAUCAAGAAGAGGCACUGAACAAGGGGGCAUUGAUAAUUUUUCAAAAUACAGGGAGAGCUUCCUUGGCCCCCUAGCGGCUGACCCCUUCAUAAAUCACUGUAAUCAUCGCCAUCAUCGUUCAUUAUUAUUAUUUCAUAAACACAAUAAUUAGGAAAAUAAAGCUCGUUGCGCCCGGCUAUCUCGGGCAAUGAAGUAGAUGUAAAAUAGUUCUUUGUUUUGGCGCGAAACCGUAGCGAGGCUGCAACCCCGCCCUUUUAUCGUUGCUUUAUACUUUGGAACGAGUUCAGCUGACUGCGACGAUGUCCAAGAAAUAUUUGCUAGAGUUGUAAAUAUGGUGUAAAAGAAUUACCUGGGUAAAUUGAAGCAAAAUUUACAUUUUAUCGCCUUGAUGAGUUCUUGAAUAUAUUGCAGAGAGAGUAUACAAUUGGUUUUUUUGGCAUUGUUAUGAACUAGGCCAUUAGGCCUAUCUGUCACGGAAAGAACCAUUGCAAACAUGCGAGAGAAAGCUACUCAGAAACUCAGGGCAGCGUUUGCUGAAGUUGAUAAAAACGAAGAUCAUAAAAUUGACUGGUUUGAAAUACAGGAAUGCUGUGAUAAACUUAAUAUCUCUCUAAGCGGUACCGAUUAUGAAACUUUUAUGGACAGUGACCAUAGUAAUGAUGGCAGGCUAGAUUUCAGCGAGUUUUGUAUAUUUGUCGAGAGGCGCCUUGAAAACAUCUUCAAAGCUAUUGAUAUUGAUCAAAAUGGAAAGUUAGACGCAUAUGAAAUUCAGAAGUGCUUGGAGAUGAUGUCGAAACCGCUGUCUAUAAGGAAAAUUAAAGCAAUAAUUACAGGAAUGGACAAAGAUGGUGAUGGUGUUAUAAAUUUUGAAGAGUUUUCUGAUUUUUUCGCGGAUAUGCCUACAGCUAGCAUUGGCUCUGUGGCAGAUAAAUGGGCAAGAGGGUUUGGUAUUGAUAUUGGCAGUGACCAGGUUCCAGCUUCGUUACCACCAUCGGAAGUUCCACUUUGGAGGUUCAUGAUAGCUGGUGGGUGUGGUGGGGUAGCUUCAAGAACUGCCACUGCACCUUUAGAAAAAAUCAAAAUUCUUGCUCAGACUGCAACAAGUUCAAGUCGACUGAAGAUCCUGCACACACUCAAAAAUGUUUGGAGAACUGAAGGUUUUUAUGGGCUUUUUGCAGGGAACGGGACGAAUUUACUGAGGAUUUUCCCAACAUCAGCCAUCGUUUGUUUGGUUUAUUCAAGGAUGAUAAAAUAUACUCCGGUUGACAACGAGAAAAAUCCCAAUCAACCAUUGUGGAGAUUGUUAUCAGGAGCCACUGCUGGUGUUGUAGCAAAUACCUUGACUCAUCCGUUAGAUGUUGUGAGAGCCCGGUUAACAGUCCAAGAUAGAACGACCGCUGACGUCACUAGAUACAGAGGCAUUUCUCACGCAAUUCAAACGAUCAAAAGCCAGGAAGGAGUAGCUGCAUUGUUCAGAGGUUUGGGCCCAACCCUUGUCUCCAUUGCCCCAUUCUUGGCCAUUCAACAAUGCGUUUAUGACGUGCUAAAGAACUCUUCAGUGACAACCAUCUUCGGGAACAACGUGUCUACCUUUCUGGCAUGUGGGGCAUUGGCUGGCACUGUUGCACAGACGAUACAAAGGUUUGUUUCUUUCAUCCCGAAAAUUUUGGUGCAAAGCUAAACGGUACAGAGAUGUUCCAUUGUGAAGAUAUGUCCCAUGGUACGGGAAUGCACCAUUGUACAGUGAUGCCCCGUGGUACAAGGAUGAACCAAUGUAUAUUAAUGCCCAUUUGUACAGAGAUGUCUCAGGGUAUAGGGAUGUUCCAUGGAUGUUCCAUGGUACAGGGAAAUCCCACGGUACAGUGAUGCCCUAUGGUACAGGGUUGACUCAUUGCCCUGUGAUGCUCCGGGGUUACAGGGAUAAAACAAUGUACAUUGUACAGAAAUGUCCCAUGGUGCAGGGAUGCGCCAUUAUACAGUGAUGUCCUAUUUUACAUUGUAUUAAUUCGUUUUGCCUUAAAGGGGCUGGUACAAGUAAUCAUUAACAAACGUUUUUUGCGGGACAGUAUGCGUUUAAGAGAGGACUUACACGUGACCCAGCCCCUUUAACUUUAAAGACUCGUUGCUAACAAUGGGCUUUUGCGAACGUGGCGACGGUCCAAACAAUGGCAGUAAACUUCUACGGAUUAACCAAAAUUGGUUUCAGACAGUCUAAAAAUGCAUUAUGGGAUGCUUGCGUAGCGCAAUGGCUCAUUGUUAGCAAUGAGUUUUUAAACAUUUUUGAUUAGCGCUUUUUGUAUGUGAAGCAUCGCCAGCUAUCCAAAGUUGGCAAUAUUUCAUUUCAAUUAACGUGUGCUGUGUGCUGUGAAUCGAAAAUCGAUUCAUUAGACAAGAUAAAUACUCGCGCCUCUAACAUACAGCCUUGUCCUACCCCUGUCGUGUAUCUCAAUCUCUUAGUUACUCCUUGUAGAGUUGUGAUACAGCAUACAAUUAUUGUUCGUAUUUGUGACUUUGUUUACGAAUCGUCAAAUCUAUAGCCUUUUAAAAAGUUGGAUGUUUUAUGUUACCGGAUCAACUUAAGAAUCAAUUACAUAACCACUUGAUGAUAGAAAACAUUUUAUGUGGCUAAUACUUUUUCAAUAAGUAUAAUGAUUUUGGAUUUUCCCAAGCUUCAACUCAAAGGUCUUUUAUUUAAAGUAUUUUAUCCAUGGAAAGUUUUUAUUCUUUCCAUGGAUAUCAUAAAUAUACUCAAAUGGCUUUAGAAGAAGACAUUAAGCAAGCGUCAGAAGCAUGCGAAUCGGUAAGAUGAAGAAAGUAAAGUCUGAAAACACCUGUUGUUUAAUAAAUUAUGAAGCAGAUGACGCAAAUAAGCUAAGCCCUCCUAUUCGACUUGUUGAGAUGAAAUAAUCCCUCCAGACACUUCAUGUCCAUCACGCUACAAAAUGUCGACUGAUUCAGAGAGCUGAUUUCCAAUGAGAGCUGGAUAUCAAUCACAUCAUAUCCAGGCUGUUAUCCUUUAAAGUCCUCUUGAAGACAAGCAGGAGUCACCUAUAUAGAAAGGGAAAUUUCCGAUUUCAUAAGUUCCUUUUUUCCAUGCUAAUAAUCAGGAUCGCAGGAGGUUUCGGAAGUCCCGGGGCAAAAACGAAAGAGGAGGCCAACUGCGAGCGAAGUGAGCAGAAAUUUAUAGCGACCACGCUCUGACUAGUUUAAAAUGCAUUUUAGAAUAUUUCUUGCAAUUGUUUUAAACAUUGUACUUUUUUAGGCAUACUUUUGCAACAUUUGAUUAAUUCAAUUCUUAAAUUUGAAUUCAAUUCUUUAUGAGGCUCCCUAGAUCUAGAGGCCAUAGGGCAAUUUGCACCUUUGUCCCUCUUUCGGUGGCCCUUCUUAUAAAAGACAUUGAUAACAAAGCUCUUUUAAAGGGUAGGUAAGGUAAUUGAAAGUAUUGUCAUUGUCAAUUUUCGCGACCAUGCUUUAGAAUGAUAAGCUUGAAAUGCAUUCUGGUAUAACUUUUGCAGUUAUUUCUUGGAAUCGUUUUAAACAUUUUACUUUCUUAGACAUACUUUUGCAACGUUUGACUAAUUCUAUUCUUAAAAUGGAUGUCAUUAUGCUAUGAAUAUAGGGGGUUAGUUCUUUCUGUAUAGUCCCUUCCGUAUAUCCUGCAUUCGAAAAGUAUCUCAAACACUCGUAACAGUAAGUAGUAAUUUGUUACUGUUUGCAAGGGAAGCUGAUCCCCUUGAGCGCUUCUAAUACAAUAUCACUGUAAACAUAGUUUUGAUAUUUUUAAGUGUAGCGAAGUAAUUUCCAGUGAGCAUUUUAUUUCCUUCAAAACUGCCAAACUUCUUGCAAAGUGUAUAGAACUGUUAAAUUAUUUAUCAACGCUUGAAGAUUUCCUAUGAGAAACAUUUUAACUGAGUUUUUCGUAUGACCAAUGGUCACACAGUCACGGGAAAAAUGACACCCUGUUCAUAUCAAUCAUAUUGUCUCUUGUCGUAUUAUCUCAUAUCAUCCAUUGAGAAAUGUUGGCAGUCACAUUUCUCAACUCGUUCAAGAAAGUUACUUUAUUCAACUCUGCGAAGCACCUAACCCUUUGUUUGCCUGCAUAAAUAUGAAAGUAUUGUUGUAGACUUUAUAAGACACAAUUCAUUAUCACAAAUAAUAGACAAAAGAGGUUUCAAAGCAAGACCCUUGCGGUAUUCCACUUCUAAUUUUUUUACGAUUGAUGUUUCCUCUUUAAUUGCUGGCUAUUUUCGAAGUGCUUGGGAAUAUUCCUCACUAAAGGGAUGAAUUAAAUGUUAAUACAAGAAGCUCACCAUUUCUACCGCAUCUUUUACCAAUCUAGCUAGGCUUUAUGAUACACAACUGUUUUAUGGCAGUUGAGACAUUUUAUAUAUUCUGGAUAUUUGCAGUGUCAGUACCCAUUAAGAUUAAAAAUUUUAAAUUUUCGGAUACAUUUGAUCGAGACUUAAGUCUCGGUCACCAAAUGUAUGGGGGCCCGCUUAUUUUAAAAGUACAUUAAAUAAAUAAAAUUCAAGUUAAAUACAUUGAUGCAUUUGAAAUUAUCUUUCGCUGUACUUCAAUUGCUAUUAAAUGAUACAAAAUUAAUAAUGGAGAUUUUCAAUAAAUAGUCGUAGGUGCUAAGAAUUAAUUAUUUGAUAUUGAUACAAUUAAUUAUCGUAUAAGCUAAGAAUUAAUUAUUAGACAUUAAAAUGAUUAAUUAUUGUGCAAGCUGAGAAUUAAUUAUUGGACUAACGCAGAAUUAUCAGGCUAAUCCCAAAAUUCACUUCUCCCAUCAAAUUUCAUUUUUGGCGCCAAACUUGAUUGUUCAAACAAAACUAACAAGGACCUAAAACUGGAUAUCGUAAUGCCAAGGUCAAGACGCAGUCGUUGCAUCUACAGGAAAAGAAACGAAAGAUGACUGUCCUUGUUUUUUAGAAGUUAAGAUACUAUUCUAAACACCUACUAUAAUUUAUUGAAAAACUCCCAUUAUUAGUUUUGUAUCAUUUAAUAGCAAUUGAAGUACAGCGAAUUUAAUUCAAGAUGCAUCAAUGUAUCUAACUUUCUUUUUAUUUAUUCAAUGUACUUUUGAACUAAACGGGCCUCAAUAAAACGCCUGCAAAGCCUGUUUAAAUUUUUUAGAUGAAUU